UCCUGCGGUGCGAGUUCAAUAAAUCAAAGUUUACGGCUCCGCGUACCACUGCACUUGUCGGAACGAAGCUGCAUCGAAUUUGUGCGGUUGUCUGGCGGUUGCAUAAAACAAAAGAGCCGAGUCCGCUGCCUUUUCACCCUUCCCCACCGCCUUCUUUUCGUCAUGCCCUGUCCCCGGAAUUGGCAACGUGGAGCGGCGAUCGCGGCAAUUGCGGCUCUUUCGCUGGCCAUCGGUCUAAUUGUCUUGGCAAUUUGUGUGCAGCGACCGAACGAAUCCGGCCAUCGAAUCAUAGUCACCGAGCAGCGAAAGUCAUCCGCGGAGGAGACGCAGGAGGAGAUGCAGGAGGGUUUCGAUUCGCAUGGCGGUGAUUUGCAAGAUUUGCGAGGCAGAGCAAGAGCAUUUUUUUUGAUCGCCACUACAACAAUGUCGCCGGAAAAUGCGACAAAAAGCGCCAAUGCUUCCGGGUCACUGGAUGUGCGGCAAAUGGCCCACAUGAGCAGUUCUACCACGGAGACGACGGCCUGGAAGACCCUGACAUCGCAUCCGAACUCGCUUGUCCAACUGCUGCCAUCGAGGGCCAUGCGAGUGGUCCAGGAGGUGGUAAGAUCUCUGCGGAAAGAGCGUGAGAUUGUGGCCACCACCUCGUUGGGCAAAGUCAGAGGUCGCUAUCAGAAGUAUCGAUCUGGAGAACGUGGAGGCUACUACAGUUUCAAAGGAAUGCGAUAUGGAGCACCGCCCACAGGAGCAAGAAGAUUCCGUGCUGCGGAGCCGGAGAAACCGUGGUCCGGCAUCCGUGAUGCUUCGCGGGAAGGUCAGAGCUGUCCGCACAAGAACAUGAUCCUGGACACGUUCAAGGGAGACGAGGAUUGCCUGUUCGUCAAUGUGUUCACCACCCAAAUGCCCAAGGAUGAGGAGUCCGCAGAGCAGCCAAAGCUUCCUGUCAUGGUUUGGCUGCAUGGAGGCGGCUUCUCCUUUGGCUCCGGCAACUCCUUCCUCUACGGACCGGACUACCUAGUGGCUGAGGACAUAGUCCUGGUCACCCUGAACUACCGAUUGGGUCCACUGGGCUUCCUUACCGCGGGACCCGAUGCGCCCGGCAACCAGGGCCUCAAGGAUCAGGUGCUGGCGCUGAAGUGGGUGCGGGAUAACAUAGCCGCCUUCGGAGGAGAUCCCAGUCAGGUGACCAUUUUCGGAGAGUCAGCUGGAGCUUCGUCCGUCCAGUUGCUUCUGCUGUCUCCACAGGCCAAGGGGCUCUUCCACCGAGCGAUUUCCCAAAGUGGAUCGGCCCUGAAUCCCUGGUCCAUGUCCGCCAGUUCGAGCCAGCGCGCCGCUCGUCUGGCUGCCAAUUUGGGCUACGUGGGUGCCAAUAAGACGGAGGACAUUAUCGACUUCCUACGACGGGUGCCAGCCAUGAAGUUGGUUGAAGCUGCGCCCACCACCAUCACGGCAGAGGAUCAGCGGAAUAACAUUGGCUUGCCAUUUGUGCCCGUGGUGGAGGGAUACUGGAAUCAGGACUCCCAGGAGGAACUGUUCUACGAGGAGCCCUUCCUCACUCAGCACCCAAGCGACAUGUAUCACUCGCAGAACUUUAACAGCGAUGUGGCCUAUAUGACGGGUUACAAUACGCACGAGGCCAUGCUGUUCAUCAGAAGACUUCGCAAGAAUCCCCAGUUGCUGAGCAUCAUUGAGAACGACUUUGGCCGCCUGGUUCCGCAGGAUUUGAAUGUGACACAAUCUCAUGAUCGCGUGACCCGCGAGAUAAGAUCCUUCUACCUGGGAAGCAAGCAUGUGGGCAUUGAAUCGGUGGACGAGAUGAUUGCGCUCCUCACGGAUCUCAUGUUCCUCCAGGGCAUCCGUCGCACGGCGCGGAAUCACGCCAAGUUCGGCAACGCACCUGUCUACAUGUACCGCUUCUCCUUCGACGGAUCCCUGGGGCUCUACAAACGGAUGCUGGGUAUCCCACGACCUGGGGUUUGCCACGGCGAUGAGCUGGGUUAUCUGUUCAAGUUCGGCUUCUUCAACUUGAGCUUGGAUCCCAAGUCGAUGGAGGUGCAGGUCAAGAAUCGAAUGGUGCGCAUGUGGACGAAUUUCGCCAAAUAUGGCUCCCCUACGCCGGAUACCGAGGAUCCUGUGCUGACCACCAAGUGGGCGCCCAUCGAUCCCACCAAUGUGAUGAACAGUCUCAACUACAUGGACAUCUCAGCCAAUCUGGCGAUGAAAACCAAUCCCGAGCCGGAGCGCCAGAGAUUCUGGGAUGAGAUGUAUCAGCAUUACAAUGGCGCUGCCAUGUAAAAGGACAUCAAAAUACCCUCUCAAAACCACACACUCCACACACCACACACUCACCAUCACACAAACACACACACACUGUAAUUUCGUAUUGCCAUUUUGUGAAAGAUCGCACGAAACCCAGAAUAUUUAAAUGCAAAAUUCAUUGUACAAUUUUCGUAGUUCGUAGAAAGUGUUAGUUAUAUUUUUAGCUAUAUUAUUAGCAACUAGUUUGUAAGUGUUCCAGCAUUUAUCCACACAACACACCUAUUCACUUUCACAUAACCCAACGUCGAGAUGCCUUUCCUUACUACACGUGUAUCCACAAUAACCAGGUGUAAAUAGUCAGAGUCUAUCUAAUGCGUAAUGCAAACGUCUAAACGUACGAUGUUAUUGUAAAUUAAACAUAUUUUAUUUUA